AGAAACUCGGCGGGAGAGAUCCUGGCGUGCGGAGGAGGCCACCAAACCCCGGGAGCCCGCGCCCGCCCGCGCCCGCCGCACCGAGUCUCCGCCAGCGCUCGCCUCGGGACUCCCAGGUGCGCCGCCGCGUUCCCACGCCUCUGCCGACGCCUCUCGGCGCCCAUUGGUCGCUGCGGGCCCGCCCCUCCAUAUCAGCCAAUAGGAAGCCACGCCGUCUCGGGGAGGCGGGGCCUGGCGGGGGGCCAGGGCGGGCACGCGAAAACGAGGAGGGGCCCCGCCCGCGCGGGGGGCGUGGCCGGCGCCGGCUCUUGCGCCCGGGCUGGGCUGCGGCGUGGGAAAGAGCCGGGAGGAGCAGACAGCGGCGCUCCGGGAGUCGCGCCUGAAGAAGCCGGGCAGGGAGGGUGGGAGGGAGGAGGCCUCGGGGAGCGGGCUGCGAAAGGAUCUGCGUCGUUGGGUGCUCCUCCGUCGCCGCCGCGAUGAAGCGCCCUUGCGAGGAGACGACCUCCGAGAGCGACAUGGACGAGACCAUCGACGUGGGGAGCGAGAACAAUUACUCCGGGCACAGUACAAGCUCGGUGAUGAGAUCCAAUUCACCAACAACCACCUCUCAGAUCAUGGCAAGGAAGAAAAGAAGAGGGAUCAUAGAAAAAAGGCGUCGGGAUCGAAUAAAUAACAGUUUGUCUGAACUGAGAAGACUAGUGCCAACAGCUUUUGAAAAACAAGGAUCUGCCAAGUUGGAAAAGGCUGAAAUAUUGCAAAUGACAGUGGACCAUUUGAAGAUGCUUCAGGCAACCGGGGGUAAAGGCUACUUUGACGCUCAUGCUCUCGCCAUGGACUUCAUGAGCAUUGGCUUCCGGGAGUGCCUUACGGAAGUGGCUAGGUACCUGAGCUCGGUGGAAGGCCUCGACUCUUCGGAUCCCCUGCGCGUGCGCCUGGUCUCUCACCUCAGCACCUGCGCCUCGCAGCGGGAGGCAGCAGUGAUGACGUCCUCCAUGGCCCACCACCAUCACCCACUGCUCCCACACCACUGGGCAGCGGCUUUCCACCAUCUGCCCACAGCCCUGCUCCAACCCAACGGACUCCACACGCCGGAGUCCACCCCGUGUCGCCUGUCCACAUCUUCAGAAGUGCCUCCUGCCCACGGCUCUGCCCUCCUCACCGCGACCUUUGCCCACGCAGAUUCCGCCCUUCGGAUGCCAUCGACAGGCACGGUUGCGCCCUGCGUGCCACCUCUCUCCACCUCUCUGCUGUCCCUUUCAGCCACCGUGCACGCCGCAGCCGCAGCCGCCACCGCAGCGGCACACAGCUUCCCUCUGUCCUUCGCAGGGGCCUUCCCCAUGCUCCCCUCCAACGCGGCGGCAGCAGCUGCGGUUGCUGCUGCAACAGCCAUCAGCCCGCCCUUGUCGGUGUCCACAGCCUCCAGUCCUCAGCAGACAAGCGGUGGAACAAACAGUAAACCUUACCGACCUUGGGGGACGGAAGUUGGAGCCUUCUAAGUUAUUCUUGAAUUCCUUGGCAAUAGUAACUGAUGUCCUCCAUUUCAGAAUCAGCUUCAAACCUCUGCACCCUGAAGGUAGCCAUAAAAAUACCUGCAGAUCCACACAGCAGCAAUAAAGCGACUUGAGAAGCAAACCACAAAUAUAUUUCCCAUUUUUUAAGGCAGCUCGGCAACAGCAACUUUAAAUCAUCGCAACUAUUUCCAUUUAAACUUUACUGGAAACUACUUGGAUGUCAGCGUCCGGCGGUGCAGUAGCACAUCUGACUUGGAAAAGAAAGACGCCAUAACUAGUUCUCCUGGAACGAGAAGGGAGAGGAGAAAAUACCGUAUUUCCUAAGUGCCUGAGCUAAGGGGAUGAAGUGCAGUGCACAAGGAGAAGGGCAGGGCUUGGAUUGAGAAAGGGGGGGGGGGGGUGGGAAGGGGGAGGAGACAGGCAACCUGUGUUGGGCUGCAGACACACAGUGUUCUUUUGAAACCAACAGGUUUUAUUGGCCAGAAAGAUUAAUGAAAAUUAAGUCAAAAAAGCCUGGUUAUAUCUGUUUUCUUUAUACAGACUCGCCAAGCAGUAACAUUUAGCAAUGCACUGAAGUAAACAAUCCCACCAGUGCCCACAUUAACAAGCAUUUCUGCUCUGCCUUCAAGCUCUGGUGAACCAAGGUUUAGAACACAAUGUAUUUCCUUAUGUAAACUUACAGCUAUACAAUGCACCGAGGAGCAGUUACAUACAUUGUACCUUCCAGGUGCUCAUUCACAUCAACUCAACAACUCUUCCGUUUGCCAGAGUUUGGAUUAAUUUAUUCAGUUUCAUUUGGACUAUAUUUAUGUACUUAACUUCUUCGGUUUUCCCCUGACAACAUGCAAUGUCUGUUCUUGUCCCUUUCCGUGGGAUGUUGCAUUUCUGGAAAUAAAGGAGAAGAGGAGAAAUGAUUCGGGAGAGAAAAGCUACAUGAUUUAAAUGCCCUUGGUCAAGUUAGCGAUUGCAUUUGAUCCCGAAUCACAAUGAAUGUAUGCAAUUAUGUGUACAUAAAUUAUUUUUGUCCAUGCCUAGACUAGUGCUACAUAAUGGUGUUUUGGUUUUGAUUUUUUAUCUUGUUUAAUGACAAAAUAAUCUUUUAAUAUGUUGAAAUUGAGCACAUGAGAUUUUAUAUUUGAAAGGUAAGGACACAGCAUGUAUUCUUAUGCACUUCAAUUCUCUGCUGUGUGGAGAAAGCAAUAAACCAGAGAAUGUUAAACAUUAUGCAAAGUUAUACUCAUAAGUAUUUGUUUUAAAAUUACUGUACCUAGUCUUUUCUGCGUUGCUUUGUAACCUUUUUCUAUGCAAAAAAGUCUACAUAUCACUAAUUAAAUAGAGUCCUUUUUGACUA